UAAUGGCUUGUUUGUUUACCUUUUGAAAGUGGCGUUGUUAGAUGAAUUUUUUUCUAUAUCUUCAUCGGCUGUCAGCAUGUUAGAUAUCCUGGGUGCAGUUUGAGUGACUGCAAUGUCAAGCAGCAGCAAGCCUGCCAUGUCCAAUGAAGCCAGCAAUGGCAGUGAUGGAGUCAGUGAUUCUGAGGAAGCCAAUGACAAUAGGGGCUUGAAGCGUCCAAUGGUCACUGGGGCUCCUGCUCCUAAAAUCAAAAAGAAGCUCAAAGAAGGCUCAGUGCUUGACAAGAAAACUGCCAAGUUACUUCAGCGCAAACAGCUUCAACAGGAGCUUUUGAAAAAGCAGCAGCAAAAAUUGCAGGAAAGAUUGGAGGCUGAUCAUGCAAGAGAUAAGGAGAGACAGCAAAAAGAAGAGGAUGAAAAGAAAAAACGAUUGUUAGAAGUUGAGGAGAGACUACAAAGUACAAAUAAUUCAAGCCUUUCAUGUGCUGCUAACUCUAAUACUUAUGAAGAUGUGACAAAGGGUUCUACUGGUCCUGAAAAGUCUACAACGCCUGAUCCAAAUACCGUCAGUGGUGAUACUAACUUACUAACCCCACUUGCUCCAGAUGGAAAUGAUCUUCCUCCAUAUAGUUCUAAUGUAUCUAAUCCGAAAAAAUGUCCAUCAGAUAGUAAUAAUGAUUCAUUGGUAAAGUCAACUACAAAUUCAGUAGCGACUCUUGAUUGUGAUAGAAGACAAGAAGUUAAUGAUUGCUUAGAAAAUAACAACUCUCUGGAAGCAAAUGCCACUGCAACUAAGCUCGCAGAAGGAAUAAUUGAACCCUACUUACCUGAGACUUAUUCAAACCACGAAUCAUAUAUUUCAGGCCCUCACGCAGAUACUGCUGUGUCUGAUGCAGCUCAAUAUAGUAGGGAAGAUAUUUUGCAUAAUCAAUCUGCAACUUACAGCUUGAAUUUUCAGGAUGCCUCCACAAUUUCAAGAGAAGAAUCCAACAAUAAAAAUAUUAAAAAUGAAAAUUUUAAUGCCAGGUCCCUUGAAGUGGGAAACCUGUCUGAGGUUGUUGAAUCUAACAGCCAUAAGGAGAAGUCAAUAUGUGCGGAAACCAAAGAUAAUUCAAGAUCAGCUGAUGUGGUAGAAACUUUGAUCAAACAGGAUCCUGAAAUCAAGAACCCUUUUUCAUUCAAAUCUUCAUUAAAUACCACAGAUCAAUCUUCAAUCAAACAUGACCCAGAGGUAAAGGACCCUUUUUCAUUCAAGUCUGCAUCAGACACCAAAGAAAGUAAAGAUGGCUCUACCAUCAAGUCUGAUCCUGAUGUGAAGGACCCUUUUUCAAUCAAGUCUGCAUCAGACAUCAAGGAAAGUAAAGAUGGGUCUUUAAUAAAGUGCGAUCCUGAAGUGAAAGACCCCUUUUCACUCAAAUCUUCACUAGAUACCAAAGAAGAUAAACCAAUUGUCAAGGAAUCUGACUUGAAUAAUGAUCCAUCAUAUGAGAAGGAACUUUUCAGUGAGGCAGAUUCUUGGGGGCAGUUGGCCAUUAAAAAGGAGGAGAAACAAUGCCACAAUAUUGAGACCGACUCCCAAGCCGACCCUAACAAUGAACAAUCCGAGUCAGCAAAGAUUUCAAAGAAAGAAAAGAAACGUUCACGAAAAGAUAAAGACAACAAGGACAGUGAUUCUGAUGAAGACUCCAAAGUAUCUAAGAAGAAAAAAAUUGAUUCUGAUGGAGAAAAGCCCAGCAAAUCUAAAAAGAAAAAGUCUAAAGGUAAAGAUUAUUAUUCUGAUAGUAAUUCAUCAGAUGACGAGGGUGGCCGCAGCAGGAGUAAAACCUCCAGUAGCAGCCUUGCUGCAAGGCCCAAGAUCAAGAAUGUCAGAAAAAAUAUCAGAGAUAUUUUAUCAGAAGAUAAACUGGAGGAGGGAACGCUUGCUGCACAAAAGGAAGAAAAACUCAGGCUGCAGAGGCUACAAGAGAAGAGGAAUGCCAUACGAGAGUACAUGGAAAAGCAAGAGGUGGAGCGGUUGGUUGCUGAAGUGAGUGCAAACCUGGAGGCCGUGGGGCAGGUGGAAGACGUCGUGGAGGACGACAUAGCAGGGCUGGCAGGGCUCGACUCUGCCGUCACCAUUCAGAAGCUGGAUGAUCCUGUAUGUGAAGAGGAAGCUGAGGGCUUCUCUGCUGAUGAAAUAACUGCGAGUGAAGAGCCUGACGAGGAAAAACUACAAGAGGAACAAGUCGCUUGUGUCAAGGAAGAAGCUAUGGAAGUUGAAGCAAAAAAGCCUGAGGAAGAGCCUGCAGCUGACGGAGCAAUUGUUAAGAAAUCUCCAGCUAAAUCCGGAGCAGACUCGGAUGAAGAUGGUGAAGACGAAGAAGAAGGGGAAGAAGAAGAAGAAGAAGGCUCGGCUGACAGUGACGUGGUAGUUUUGUCUGAACAAAGUGACGAGGAUGAGGAAGACGUCAACAAUUCUGGCGGCCACAUCAACGACGAGUUCAACCAGCCUGACGUGCAGGGACGAGUGCUGGUCAACGUCGCACACCCUGAGUCUGAGGAGGACAUCUUCCUGGCACCACAGCUGGCACUGGCAGUCAAGCCUCAUCAGAUCGGCGGUAUCAGGUUCUUAUAUGAGAACAUCAUUGAAAGCGUAGAGAAAUGCAAGACCUCGAAUGGUUUUGGAUGCAUCCUUGCUCACUCCAUGGGUCUUGGCAAAACUCUGCAGAUCGUAUCGUUCACGGAUAUCUUCUUGCGACACACUGAGUUCAAGUCUGUGUUGAUCAUCGUGCCUAUCAACACGCUACAAAACUGGCUGGCCGAGUACAACCAUUGGCUGCCAGACCUUGUUACUCCUGACAACCCAUUGGCCGCCACCAUCAGACCGCGCAACUUUAAGGUCUACGUCAUCAAUGAUGCCCAGAAAAAUCUCAGCUCCCGAACCAAGGUCAUCAAAGACUGGCAGGAGAGCGGCGGAGUGCUGCUCAUGGGCUACGAGCUCUACCGGCAGCUCUCCCUCAAAAAACCAAAGAAACCAAAGAAAAAGAAGAAAAAAGGCGAUGAAAAACCAAACCUUGACGUUGUCGAUAUUGAAGAAGAAGAUGAGAACAAAAAGCUCCUUGAUGAUAUCCACUUGGCCCUGGUGAAGCCUGGCCCCGAUCUCGUUAUUUGUGAUGAGGGCCACCGCAUCAAGAACGCCCACGCCAACAUCUCACAGGCUCUCAAGAACAUCAGGACGAAGCGCCGCAUUGUGCUCACUGGUUAUCCCUUGCAGAACAACCUUAUGGAGUACUGGUGCAUGGUUGACUUCGUGCGACCUAACUACUUGGGAACCAAGACGGAAUUUGCAAACAUGUUUGAGCGGCCUAUCCAGAACGGCCAGUGUGUGGACUCAACCCCUCAGGACAUGAAGCUCAUGCGUUACCGCUCACACGUGCUGCACUCCCUGCUCGAGGGCUUCGUGCAAAGGCGCGGCCACACUGUACUGCAAGCGACGCUGCCCUGUAAGCACGAACACGUGCUCUUCUGCCGCCUGACGGCCGUGCAGCGUAAGCUCUACUCUGCCUUUAUGUCCGAGCUCAGCACCUCUAAGGCUGUCGCCAACCCUCUCAAGGCCUUCGCCGUCUGCUGCAAGAUUUGGAACCAUCCUGACGUGCUCUACAACUUCCUCAUGAAACGUUUCAAUGAAGAUUUCGAUUUGGACUUGGAUGAAAUCGACCACAAAGCCAAAAGUCGAAGCGGUAAAAGCCACUCUUCAAACUGGUCCCUGAACUUACCUAACUUCAACCAAGGGGCGUCAACGGGCGGCCACUCAAGUAGUGCACUGGGGUCUGGAUCUCACGGGCAUCUACAGCAGAUGGGUGCUGCCAGAAGCAUGGGUCAGAGUCAUCACUCUCAUGGACUGUCAGGCAUGCAGCAACUUCCUCAGCAAUCUCAACAUCUGAUGCAACAACAACCGCAUUCUGGCGUGAGUGAUCUGAGCGCCAUGCAAGGUAUGACGGAUCCUAAUCUCAUGUCGUCCCAUAUGAUGCAUCCCGGAAUGUCUCAAUCUGGCCACUCUGGCCUCCCUUCUGGUUAUGGCUUGCCGGGCUACGGAGGCAUGAACCAGCAGCAGCAACAAGCUUCCCAGCAAGGAUACGCUGGCAUCCAGCAGAUGUCGGGGUACCCAUGGUAUGGAAGUCAAGGAUUUGCUGCCAACCCGAACGACCCUUCAGGACAACUUUAUCCUCCUGCUUAUGGCAGUCCCUAUGGAGCUCCACCUCAGUAUAUGCACCCGCAUCUCAUGCAGCAACAACAGCAGCAGCAACAGUUAGCGCAACAGCAGCAGAUGCAACUACAGCAGCAGCAGCAGCAACAACAGCAGACUUCCCGUCAGCAACAAUUAACUCCUCAGUCCCAAUCCAUGGGAAAUUAUAGCAUCCCUCAGUCAAUGCAUUCACCUCUCGAUCUAGGAUCUUCAAACCAUUCCCCGAUGGAUCUCGGCCCCUCCAACCAUUCUCCAUUAGAUUUGGGGCAAAAUAGCCAGCAACAGCUCGCGCAAAGUAUGGUUUCGUCAUCUGGUGGCAUGAUUCAACAGCAACAACAGGAAAUGAUGCAUCAAAAUCAAUCUCCAAAUGACUUGAUGCAGCCUCAAAUGACUCACCAACAGCAGUCGAUGAGACAGCAGCAGCAACAACAUUUGCCCAUGUCCCAACAACAGCAAAUGAUGUCUCAACAACAAUCCUUGAGUGCUCAGGAUACGCUGGCGCAACAACAACAGCAACACUCUAUAUCAAGUAUCAUGCAACACAAUGGCCAGAACAUGCAGCAAGGAGAUGCGUCUAAUCCUGAACUUCAGCAGCAAAUGCAUCAUCAGCAGAUGCAGCAGCAGCAGCAGCAACAACAGCAGCAGCAACAACAACAACAGCAUCACCAGCAGCACCAAAAUAUGAACAGUAUGUCAAUUACCGGACAAGACCCGUCCUCGUUGGCUGACGUACCGCCUGCAAGUCAGGACGUCCCAGCCACAAACGGUGCUGUAGUGGACGCACCAGAGGCGCCUAAAGCAGAGUUUGGUGCUGUAGGCUCCACUUCUAAAGAAGAGGAAAUUCCUGCAACAUCUGAUCCGGCGAACAAGGAUAACCAAAAAUCUAGUCCAGAGAAAGAUUCAGGCGACACAACUGAUGGCGAUGGGGCGAAGAAAAACAAAGAAGACGGAGCUGAAAAGAAGGAGGAGGCCAAGAAAGAAGAAAUUACUUUCGAAUGGGCUGAGGAUAUCAUCAAGGAAUACAUUCCGGGACUGCUCGAAAAUUCUGUUAAAUUUCAAAUAUUUUUCAAAAUUUUGGAAGGGGCUCUCCGAGUUGGUGACAACUUACUGGUGUUCUCUCAGUCUCUUUUCACUUUGUCUCUGAUAGAAGAGUUUUUGCAGCGAUAUUAUAUACCCGGCACUUACGAAGUGUGGGCCAAAAACCGAUCAUAUUUUCGUCUGGAUGGAAGUACCUCAGCCCAGGAAAGGGAAAAACUCAUUAAUGAAUUCAACACUAACCCGCACGUGAGGAUAUUUUUGGUAUCAACUCGUGCAGGUAGUUUGGGCAUUAAUUUGGUUGGCGCUAAUCGGGUUGUUGUCUUCGACGCUUCUUUCAAUCCAUGCCACGACACUCAAGCCGUGUGCCGCGUGUACAGAUACGGUCAGCAGAAACAGUGCUACAUUUACAGACUCGUCACGGACAACUCGCUUGAGAGACGCAUUUAUGACAGACAAGUCAACAAGCAGGGAAUAUCAGACAGAAUUCUCGACGAACUCAACCCUGACGCUCAUCUUUCAUCCAAAGAAAUCAGUAACUUGUUGGUUGAAAAUGAAGAAGAGCCUGAAGAAAAAGAUCUCAGCGACGCGGUUGAUGAUUAUGAAGACGAUGUUCUCAAGGAAAUCGUGAAGACUUACGGCAAACUUCUGACUAAGACUCCUUUCAGGCACGAGUCAUUACUAGUUGACCGCAAAGAUAAGCAAUUGUCGCGGGCUGAGAAGCGACUUGCUAAACGUUCAUAUGAAUUGGAAAAACAAGCAAAUAUCUCGUUCAUCAACAGACCGGGAUAUGCCAACUUUCAAAAAGGUCAACAAAGUCUCGUCGGAACAAAAAUUGGGGGUGUGGUGUACGCUAAGCCUGUGGGCACAGUACGGCCCAUGCAGGCAGGAGGAGACAUGGCCCUGGCAGGAGGUAAUCUGCUCAUGACGCGGCACGGAGUCGUGCAGAACCGCGGUGCCGGCGGCAACUUCCCUGCAGAUGCUCUCGCUAAACAGGGCGUCUCCGUGCAGCAGAUCACCGUACCUAAAGACGUGAGCAUACCAACGAACAGCGGAGACGGGAAACCGAUAGAGUUGAGCGCCGGACAGUCGGUGAUGGUAAUCAAGACCCAGAAGGGCAUGUACCUGAGACUGGCUGACGGUAAGAUCGUCGCCAUACGCGUGCCGUCUGGCAACGAGUCGUAUGGCUUGCCUCUGAACCAAGGCAGCGUCACCAUCGUGCCUACAAUGAUGAACGCUGGCCGUGGCGGCCUCUCUGCCCGGGGCAUCAUGCGAGGAGGGGCGGCGAUGAUGCGGGGCAUGGGUGCUCGAAGAGGUCGUCCACCCAUGGGUGCACAGUACGCCAUGGGUCAGAUGAUGGGUGCUAAAGGGCAGACUGCCGUAAGGAUAGUUCGUCGUCCCAUUGUGAAUAGUAAAGGAAAGACAACUUAUCAGACUAUCGCCGUGCCAGUGUCAAACGCAUCCGGAGCUCUUCUGAACAAGAGCGUCAUGAUAACUCCUGCAAACCGAGCUGGCAUGUCACCCGCCAUGAAAGGCCUCGGGAAGAACCAAACACCCCAGGUCACUCUAACGCCCGUAUUGCCGAAGAACUCAUCCUUGAGCAUCACGCCUGUCGCCGGAACGAGUGGUACAAAAAUUGCCCCUAAAGUACCAAUCAUCAGAGAUCCGAAACGAUCUAUGAUGCAACGCCCGCCAACGCGUAUCGAUCCUUUAAAAGCAGCUGCCGAGAAGAAGAACAAUAAUGCUGCUUCUGCACCAGCUGCGUCAAACACCACCUCUUCCUCCUCUGAAAAAUCCACCGAUCCUGCUGGAACUGAAUCAAGCACUAAAAAGCAAGCUGGAGUUGCGAGUGAGGCAGCAAAUAAAUCCAACAACGGAGAAAAGUCUAGCGAGGCUGAUCGUAGUACGGAAAAAAGCUCAGUGCCUCAGAACCCGGAGAAAGGUUCUGCAUCAGCGGCUGAAGACUUGCCUAAAAGUUUUAGUGAGCUCAGCACUUACGAAUCCACUGCUAAUGGGGAUAGUAAUAGCGCUAACAGAAAUAACGCUGAUCCAAUUACUCAAAACGCUCUGAAACAAACUCCUGAAGAAACUCCUCGAGGCAGUGUACCCGUAAUGGCUGCCAGUGGUAUGAACCCAUCUGUCGAAAUGCCGAUACCUGACAUGAAUUCCCCAGCAAGUACCAAUGUUCCCUGUCCUCCAGCUGGCCCUAAUACUGUUCAGUCUUCUGUCACGCCGCUGCAACAGAACGUCAUGGAUACAACGCACGAUGUCCCCCAGGACCUAACAAGUCUUUCUUCACCUGCUAACGCGCAGGAUCUGAGUAUGAGCAGCGCUCUGAGAGAAGCCAGUCUCGCUGACCGCCAUCACCAGCAGCAGCAACAUCUGCAACAACAGCGCGCCGCUAAACGUGCCAAGGCUGCAGCUGCUUCUGAACCUCUCAUGGGCAUUGUUAAGCCAAAUGUACAUGACAAAAUGUCGAGUAGCUUAUCCAGCCUGCAGAACAUGAGCAACCUUCUACAAGGAGACCCUUUGCCUGCAUCAGCUUCAUCCUUGUAUUCACUCGCAUCGUACAGCAGUAGCGGCAGUAGCCAGCCUCUCUUUCAGCCUUUCCUGCACUCAAGUAGUUCCAGUUCUAGCACCAGCAACAACGUGGCUCAAGUGGCACCUCAUGUACAAAGUUCUGCCUACACUACAAGUCAGUCGUCAGUUUCAUCUUAUUUGUCGUCUUCAGUUUCCUCGAUUGCGUCUACUGACUCUCAUUCCUCUGGUGUCAGCUUGCCGAGCAUGCAGUCCUCUUGUUUAUCUGCUUCAUCUGCUGCUGGAGGUCUAAAUUUCUCUGGUAUGGAUAUGGGUCAGCUGGCACGGACAUCAGAUGCUGCUCACUCGCUGUCCAGUCUUCUGAGUCAGUAUGACACAAGCGCCACCGAAGAGCUCAUCUCCUCUGCAGCCCAUUCGACUGCUCUGGAUUAUCUCAAUUAUUCACUUGGCGCUGGGUCAUCUGCCUUCAGAAGACCGGAUGCUCUUACAUCUGAACUUCAGAGUUUGCUGGCCCCGUCUUCGCCUUCAUCCAUGUCUUCGACUCCAUCCCCUGCACCUUUUCCUGCCCACCAGUCCACGUAUUCCUCCCAGUACCCCGCCUCUGCAUAUCGUUCAUCACAGUUCAGUCGAGCAGCAUCAUCGUCAGUAAAUUACAACGCGGCCGCAGCAGCCGCCUAUGCAAGCCAGUACGGUCCGUACUCGUCUCAGUACACGAGUCUGGCCGCCGCUGCCGCUGCUCAUGCGGGGUCUCCUUCGUCCAGCCAGGCUGCCGCGGCUACAGCAGCUGCCGCUGCCGCUGCUGCCGCAUCCCAAUAUCCUGCCGCACUACAAAGUAAUCCUUAUCAGGCAUUCUCGGCCUCCUCGGCUUCAGGGUUGCCGCCCUAUAGUUCUGGGCUAGGAGGCUUCGGUCACGGCCCGUACCCGCCCAUGUAGGGAAGGCAGAAACAGAGCGGCAAGCGGCGGGAGAAACGCUGAGGUCAGCGUGGCCAGUAAUCUUCUUGCUGCUUCUGCUCUUAUCUCUCGACGGGAACGUUACUAAUAUGUUACUGUAAAAUCCAUCGACAUCCUCAAUGAAUUACGCCCUUGCACCAACAUUAACCUGAGAUUGCAAGCGGUUGUAAAUUCGUGAUUACGAUCGAAAUUUUUCUCAGAUUUGACGAUUCCUAACAAUCUUGUGUUGAGGCAUGAAAUGCGGUUCUUGUGAUUGUAGAUACGUGGUGAUGCCCGUGUUCAAAUAUUGCUGCCGAACAAAGAGCUUAAGGCGCUGAUGUAUAUUGACUUACAAAGUGUAUCAGUUCAUGAUGUACAUGUAGAAAUCUAGAAGUUCAAUGUCGUGCUUUUAGGAAAUAGGUUUGCCGUUAGCUCUGUGUUACUUACGCACACUCUUCUCUAACCCAUAAAUUUUUAUGCUUUUUUGAAAUCAUAAUCACCCCGAUGCAGAACACCGAGGCUAAAUGGUCCCUUCUUAGGAACAUGGUAUUAUUCACCGCCGCAGCUGACUUCGAUGGAUUGAAACGUCGUCCGUGUGUCGUUUAAGAAUCGGUUUCUGAAAUUACUUGGUUCAUUCGGAUUUUUCUUACUUGAAAUUUCUUGUUGAUGAAAUACCUACUCUAAUUUCCGUCAAUUUUCCUUUACCAACGGUAUAAGAAACUUUUGUUAAAAGUGAAGUGUGCGGCCAUCGACUUUCAUAAGGUUGCAAAAUCUGUAUUUGUGAAGUCUGCUAGAGAGUACUAUUUGACGAGAAAAAGUAUAAUAUCUAUUGGCGAAUCGGAUGAUCAAUGAAUUUCUCUACCACGUAUACCGUUCUUUUGUGAAGUGUUCAUCUGUAAAUUUCUAACUGAAGUUGUUCAAUUUUGUUCUGGAUGUAUUGUACAAUUGAUAAAGUGAUGUCAUUCAAUAGAGACUUGACUUGUCAAAUCUCGCUUUUACAAAUAUUUUGUGAGGAGCUUAUAUCUCCUAUCAUCAUCGACUGUAUCUACCUACCCACGCUAGCUCUAACUAAUAUAAUUAUCGGUGCAUAUAGCAUCACAAGAGAUGUCUGCUUUCAUUAGAACGCUCACUAAAUCCUGUAUAUGUAUAUUAGGUAAGAUUCUCUACCGAGUGUCCACUGCGUGUCUAGUAGAUGUUGUCCCUGUGCUCAUCUUGUCUCGGACUAAACGCCAGGAAAAUCUAUUCUCUUUCUCACCUGGAAAUUUGCCGCGUUUUAAAACCCGUUCCAGCAUGUCUUGAAACGUUUUAUUUGCUAAGAACGUGGGAUUUUCCUCAAUGUUUUUCUCUCAAAUUAGUCUACUCUUUUCCAUUUUAAUCAAGCUUCUUUUUUUUAUUGGUUUAAAUCAUUCGCUACUAUUACAUUAUUUUUUU